ACACUUCAGCAAACCUAUUCCAAAUGCUUUCAUGCUUUCUUCUUCACUGUGCUUUCUUCUUCACGUAAAUGAUUCUUCACGGGCAGUCAGUAUUCUUGCAGAUGGAAAAGUAUGCGAUAAAACAAUGAGUGAACAGCAUUAAAGCACAAGUUGACUGAGAUACACAAACAAAAUGGUGGUGAAGGUGUACGGUCCAAUUUAUGGAUGCCCCAAAAGGGUGGUUGUGUGUCUGAUUGAGAAGGAAAUUGAGUUUGAAGCAGUUCAUGUUGAUCUCUUUAAGGGAGAAAAUAAGGAAGCCCAGUUCCUCAAGUUGCAGCCAUUUGGAUCACUUCCUGUUAUUCAAGAUGGUGAUUAUACUCUCUAUGAAUCUCGUGCAAUAAUCAGAUACUAUGCAGAGAAGUAUAAAGACCAAGGAACAGACUUGUUGGGAAAGACAAUAGAAGAAAAGGGACUAGUGGAACAAUGGCUUGAAGUGGAAGCUCAUAAUUUUCACCCACCAAUCUACGACUUGGUUAUCAACCUUCUGUUUGCCCCAUUAAUGGGUGCUCCAUCAGACCAAAAAGUAAUAGAAGAGAGUGAUAAAAAGCUUGAGAAGGUGCUUGAUGUUUACGAGGAGAGGCUCUCAAAAAGCAAGUACUUGGCUGGUGAGUUCUUCAGCCUUGCUGAUCUUAGCCAUCUCCCAUUUGGCCAUUAUUUGGUGAACCAAACUGGAAGAGGGAAUUUGGUUAGAGAGAGGAAGCAUGUGAGUGCUUGGUGGGAUGAUAUCAGCAAUAGACCAUCUUGGAAGAAGGUUCUUCAACUAUACAAAUACGCUGUUUAGAUGCUUAAUUAACUCUACCCCUGUUUCCAUUAUGGUUCUUCAGUGUUUUCUAAUACCUGCUUGAGAAUAAAUAAAAUGUAGUAGUAUCUUUAGUUUUUGGAUUUAGACCUGUGUUAUGUAUUGUUAUUUACCUGUGUUUCUUGGAUAUGAUAAUGCUUGUACCAGUGUUUCCUGUGUUAUCAGAAAUGUAAAGUUAAGUAUUGUUAU